GGACUACAGCACUUUGACACCGGAAGUCGUAAUGUUAUGGUCGCGCCUUAUUGGCUGAUGAAGAGCGGUAGUGCCAGAAACAAAAAAUUAUGUGGAAAAAAUGCGGACAUUUUUACCUGCAGUAGCAGAACAACUUUUCCGAGACAUCCAGAAAAUAUACGAAGAGACGACGCAAAUACCCGAUGACCUACUUAUUGCGCUGAAGUUUGUCUUCGGGACUUGUGCGCUGCAGGCGUUGGACCUGGUUGACCAGCGCUCCGUCACGUGUCUGUCCUCUCCCAGCGGUCGAAAAGCCUUCCAGGUCAUUGGAGGCUCAGGCCGUUUGUACACUUGCUUCUUGUCCUGUCACUACUGUCCCUGCCCAGCGUUCACCUACACCGUUCUACGCAGAAACCAAGGUCUGCUGUGCAAACACAUCCUGGCCGUCUACCUGUGUCAGGCUAUGGCUGUGACCCAACAGGAGAGCAUCUCUGAUCAGCAGAUGUCCGCGGUGCUGAGCGGGACCGGGGGCCCGUAGCAGCCCCACAUGGCCGCCUCUCUGGCCUGCUGUAUUUAUCUGAGAGAUAACAGAUUCUGCUCUGUUUUCUUUUAGAAAUGUAAGAUCUCAAAUAGUUACAGCUUUAUUUUUAGUUGCUUUUUAUCUACAGCUCCAUCAGUUAUGGAGUGAGAGAACAUCUGGACACCGAGGUCACUUCCAAACCAUCUCACUGCACAGUUGUGAUUUUUUUCUCAUGCGCUGCUACUAAAUAUAAAAUCGUCGCUGCUUUAAAAUGUGGGAAUAAAAUCCGACCUUACCAAUA